UAGAGACCGAAACACCGCAUAUCAUUUGUAUUUCAAAAAGUCUGGAUAAGAUACACAGCGAUAGAAACUACAGAGGGAAUUUUAUCUUGCAUGUUUUAUUUCUCAACGAGAUUUGAACAUGAUGAUAAUGAAGGGUUUCUGCAGAGAUGCCGAUUUUGUUAAAUCUCUUUUCGCUGCCAUUACUACGUCAGUGUGGGUUCUCCUAUCAAUUCUGUGUCUGUUUACAAUUCAAGGAAAUGCGCAGAUAUGCAACACGCCAGAAUGGUUGGUGUACGAAAAUAAGGAGUAUCUCUUCGCGCACUAUGAUGACAGCACCUACGACUACGCUCUGUUUUAUUGCCAAUCACAGGGUGCACACCUCCCAGUUGUCACGUCCCAUCAACAAAAUGCAUUCUUGAAUACUUUUACCAACAAAUUGUCUGUGUUCACCUACUGGAUUGGCCUGAAUGAUAUGGAUAAUGAUGGCAUCUUCACGUGGGUUAAUAACGUCGACCUGCAAGAAUCAGGGUAUACAAACUUUGUGUCACUACCACAACAAGGAAAUUGCAUCAAAAUAUCACCGAACCAUUCUGGACAGUGGUUUGAUAGCGAUUGUGCUUCCCAGUCGAGCUUCAUUUGUCAACGUCCUGCGGAUUCUCGCUGUUCUUGGCACCAGCUCGGGCAAUACUUUUAUCGCUUCAUGGGGGAAUUGACCACUUUUGAUGAAGCCGAAACGAAGUGCAUCAACCUUGGUGGAAGAUUGGCAAUUAUCAGCUCGUCGGAAAUUAAUAUGUUCCUUACAGAGGUUGUAUCACCAGCCCUUUCAACUGCUCAUUGUUACUGGUUUGGGCUGAGUCAAAGCUCAGACAGCGACCAAUUUACCUGGAGCGAUGGUACUCAACUAAGGCGAGUAUAACAUUUUUUUUCAAUCUACAUUAUGUGGUCCAAACAAACAAUACUGUAUUGUUCCAGAAGUUAUGGCAAUAUAUCGCCACUAGUUUAUUUUCUUGUAAAAUUAAUAGUCAGUGGAAAAUUCUUCCGGAAACAAUAAUUUUACUCGUGUUAUAAAUUCUGAUAGAAUUCAAAUUCUAACAUAUUCCGAUUAAUUUUGGCGAAUAAAUUGCCCAUACCUCGAUGUUCGUUUAUCCGAAAACGAAAAAGGGUCCGUUAAUCCGAACAUUU